AUGGAGCUAAUCUGUGGAAUUUGUCUGGGCCUUUUCACCGAUCCUGUUUAUCUCCCCUGCACCCACAUAUUUUGCUUUGAGUGCAGUAAAAAAUGGAUGGAAAAAAAAGAAGACUUGAUAAUGACCUGUCCCAUGUGUCGAGAAGAGCACACGAGACCUAUCAAGUAUGAUGGGGUAAUGAAAGACCUGGCCAUCCUUUUAAAGCAGCAUGGGCCCUUAUUGAAGAAACAUAAAAGGCAGAUCACUGGACUUCUGAGAUUGUUUUCAGAGGAUACGGCUUUGGCAGCUAAGACUGGUGACUCCUCCCUAGAACCCUCAAAUGAUUUAAGGAGUGUCUGUGAUGGGAAGCCUGGUCAUAAUUUGGUGGAAGAUCCCAGAAGAUUCACUCCUUCAGCCUGUAUCGUGGACAGCUUCCAAUUCUUUUCACUCUGCCCCCAAGAAGCCAAUGUGGAGAAAGGCAAGGAAUGGGCUCCAGGUAUUUGCAAGGGGCAAGUCAGGAAGAGGAACAUUUAUUCACACCAUGAACAUGAGUUCCAGUUGUUUGGCAAGAAGACAAGAGGAAUCAGAAUUAAUUUUAUCUCAGAAAGACACCACAGAAGUUUACAGAACCAUAAUGGGGUCCCUGGCCUUUGCUAG